UCGCCCCCGUCGGAUCUUCCGGAGUCGAGAAAUGGGAGAAUCCAACGGCCGAUGAUGCAGUAAAUCGCAGAAUCCUCAGACGAGCAUCAAUUCCAUCCCGUCGGUGAUUUGAAAUCGACCGACAGGACACUGGCGGCGGUCUCGUAACCAAUCUCGAUCUUAAUUGGAGUUUUGCUUCCGAAAAUUGGUAGUUGGAGUGACCUUUUUCGUCGUGGAGCCAGCGGUAUCCGAUUCCCAGUCCGAUCUACUGCGCCCAAAGAAGUUGCUGAAAAGGAAGUGAUGUUUCGGCAAUCAAGCAAUCGCAACUCGCUAGAUAAAGGGUCCAUGGUUAAGAGAGUACUCCAGAUAGCAUUGCUUUUGGCUGUUGUUGUCUGGUUGCUAAACCGUAUCAACAAGAAUGAAUAUGCUGGAGACCAAAUCAACAUUGAUCAGGAAUAUGUAGAUUUUGGUCGGAAAGGGAAAGCAGGAUCUGAGAAUGUUAUUGUCAUAAAUGGGCAGACGAUAGAUUUCGAUGACAUCUCCGAAACAAAUGAAGCUGGAGGUCAAGCUGAGGCUUUUGGUCAGCACUCCGAAGAGAAGAAUGAAGACGAGUCUUUUGGUAAAGAACAAGAGGAGUCUCAUAAAAAUAUCUCAGAUACUGACCAAACAGAAACUCAAGAAGAACAACUCGGCAAUAAGGAUGGCAAUGACGACUCAAGCAUCAGCAACAGAGAUGUUACAGUGGGCAAUGAAAUGAGUACCAGCGAAAUGGAUGCUUUACGGCUUCCCAGUCAGAGGGACAGCGAAAACUCACAGGAUCCAAACGAGGGGGAAAACCUUGGAGAUGACUCCCUUCAACGAAAUAAGCUAGUCACAUUGGGUCGAUCAAAAAAUGAUACCGAAGAAGAAAUAACUUUUGACGAAGAGAGGAUCUUCGGCUCCCAGAAUCAAUUAGAAGGUGAUGGAAAAGUUGAUGAAAUUGAAAACAAGACAAUUGAUUCCAAUGGAGGAGUCGAAUCAGAGAAUGAAAUCAGUAGUGAAAAUAGUUUUGAAGUUGAAAAGGAAACAACUGAGACCAAUGGAGGAGGCAAAUUCCAGACUGACGGUAGUGAUAGUUUGGAAGAUACCACAGCCAAUCCAAGUUCAGAUGAUGCCAGCUUCUCUCUCCCUAACAAUGAGAACAAUGAGGUGUCUAUCAACAAUGAGCCUUCUGAUAAGAUUACUCUUGAUUCUCAAGGAGACAUUAGUACUACUCAUUCUGAGGCUACCGAGCACCAUACUAUGCAAAACGUAAGCUCUGAUACAAGAACCGUGGAUGAAGCUGCCGGUCUACCCAAUACCACUGAAGAAAAAGUACCAGUGAUACCAACUGAUAGUGAAGUUCCAAAGAGGGAAGCAGUUGAAUUUCAAGACACCAGCAUUACAAAAGCUGAAGUAACCGAUGAUGACCCUUCGGUAGAGGAGACUAAUACAGAGUCGGAUGACAAGCUCCCGGUCACAUCUGUAGCUGAUCAUGCAGAGAAUGUGGAAUUGCCGGUCUUUGAUAAGGCUCUGGAGAGGGAUGCGGCUGAUUCCAGUGGAGAUAAUGCUUCAGAUUCUGGCAGAAAUGAUUUUAAAGAAGAAAAGAUGGAUUUGGAAUCUAAUAAAGAAGACGCCACAUCUGAGCCUCAAAAUGCUGGUGACAGUUUCAGCUUAGGAACAAACUCUGAGACAAGCUCAGCAAGUGACGCUGGAAACUCAUCCCAUAACAAUGAGAACAUUUUACAGAUUCCUACCAAUGAGGUUCCGAAAGCUGAUGCAGAAAAUUCCCAAGUAGAUGACUUCUCUAAGGGAGAAAACUCUCGUAAUAUUGAAGACACGACCGAACCAAAUCCCAAAGAAGAAACUAACUCAGAAUUGGGUAACAACGAUGCCUCAUCUGGUGGCGGCGACAAUGCAGAUUCAUGGAAGGAGGGUGGUAAAGAUUCAGAAUAAAAUUUCUGUGUUCGGAUCGUGAUAAGGAUGAGUUUGAAGAUCCACAGAAUGCUUGCUUAUGUACGAUUAGAGUGGAGAGCAACGUUCAUUAGGAAGAUAUGGGUAUGAAUCUGCUCUCUUUUGCUGCAAUUAUACAGCCUUUUAGUUUGUAAGUUCUUGUAGCUACGCCUUUGGGGAGGUACUCUUCCUACUGCUUUUGUUUCCUGCGAAAAGGUUGAAACUUGAGAAAAAUGUGUGUGAUUGUGUUUAUAAUUAGAAAAUGAUUGAUCCUCA